CGCGCCCUAGCGAAGCACGAGCUAGUCAGUGUUGAUGUGUCGCAGAUUUUAAAAACUCAGAAAGAAGCACAGUUUUAGCGCUCAGCGUAGGAGAUUACCUGCAUUUGAGGAUGAAAGAAAAACCCAAAUACCAUAGAACGGGUUCAAAUGGGAAAUUUCGAUUAGUUCAGUCGCUCCUGCAAGUUUUUUAAGAAAUUAUUAUUUCUUAGGAAACGAGAAAAGAACAGUGCAUACACUCGCGUCCUACUGCGUGCUGCCAGCUCUGUGUAUGAGGGAUGGAACUGUCAUCCAUAGGAGAACAAGUGUUUGCAGUUGAAUCGAUAACCAAGAAGAGAGUUAGAAAGGGUAACGUGGAAUACCUACUGAAGUGGCAGGGAUGGUCACCAAAGUACAGUACUUGGGAGCCGGAAGACAACAUUCUAGACCCACGUCUGGUUCUGGCCUAUGAGGAGAAGGAGGAGAAGGACCGGGCUCUAGCGUACCGGAGGAAAGGCCUGAGACCUCGAAGGCUGGUCUUACGGAACAUCUACGCCAUGGAUCUCCGCAGCUCGCACAAGGAGAAACCCCCCCCUCGCCUCCGGCUCUCCCUCACCCGCUCCUCAGUAAGCUCUGACCCAGACCAGGGUGAGAGGGCGGGCAUGCUUCGCCGCCUGGUGAAGCGCAAGACCAGGCAGAGAGCGUCCAAGCUGGUGCCGGACAGAAGCCCGCCCCAACUGCAGACUGCCUUACAGAACCCCGCGGAACAAGACUGCGGAGGCACCGAGGAGAGGCAGGAAUCAGAAUGCACCACAGAGACACAUGAUGACAGUCUGUAUGGUUGGUUAUCAGCGAUUGUGGGCUGUCAGUUGAGCAUUAGUCAGUGUUCUUAUUCAGGAUUAGUCCACUUGUUGGUUUAUUUUUGUUCAGCACACUAUAUCUGUAUCCUUGUUUUUACAGGGCAGUCAGAGUGCAGUUCUCCUCCUGUUCUGGAGCGGGAGGUUGAGGUGGACGACAUGAUAGGCAGCAUGGAGGAACAGAACCGGGACAUGGAGAUGAUUGACAGAGUGGAGUACUGUGGCUCCCCUAAGGAGUUGUUGCUGGGCGCAGCCUCAGAAAAGAUGACAAGGGAAGUGAUUGUGACUGACAGGUCAGAAGGUGAGGCUUCCGACCUCAGACAGGAAGAAGUUAUUGACCUAUCUGAGAGUUAUAUGUCUGUACUGGAAGGGCCAGAAUACAUUGUUAUGAGCAACGCUUCAGACAGCGUUGUGGAAGUGGGGGACGAUAUUUCAGAGGAGAAAGUAUCAGAAAGCCACUCAGAUAUAGAGUUAGGGAGCGAGGAGGGAAGACAGGGUAACACUCCAGUAGAGGAGGUGGGAGCAGGGGGAGAAGAGGGAGGAGGAGCCAAAGAGGGAGAAGGGGCCUGUGGUACAGUGGCCGAGGGUCCAAACACCUGCCCCGGGGUGGUGGAGGUCAGGGAGGACCUCACCAAACAGGUAGACCAGUUGGAGAAGACAGAAAUCCUGGACAGUAGUGCCUCAGCCUCAGGGCAACCAGGUAAAGUGCUUGUGACCAAUGUGACUAUCAACUCUCUGACUGUGACCUUCAAAGAGGCCCUGACAGCAGAAGGGUUCUUCAAAAGCUGUGGGAUGGAGGUCUGAGAAAAUGAGGAAAGAGAAAGGAAGUAGGGGGAGUGGUGGAAUGGUUAUAGCUGAAAUGUAACUAAUGUUGAAUUUACCGUUCAUGAAUUGCCAUGUAUAUAAUCAUGUAGUAUAUAAGCGUAAUAUAAUUUAAAAAAAGCUUAGAUAUGAAAUGCAUACUACUUCCUAUAUGUUGAAUGAAGAAUAUUUCCCUUUGGAAAAAAUGGGUGGUAAAUUUGACUGGUGGUUAGGUUUUCAGGACAGUAGCUUCAAGUAUAAGAAAGACUGGAUUAGGGAAAGUGCAGCAACUGACUCCAGAAUGUCAUCUAUUACUACUUCCAAAUGAUAAAUUCUACUUCCCCAGUCUGUUGUAAUGUUAAGAAUAUAGCUAACCUGCUAAUUUCAAAUGUGUUCGGGGGCUUGUUUCAGUCACUCCGUUUUUUAAGAAAAAGUUUUUCUAAAGUCCUGAUUUUUCAUCUAUUCUAUAGUCAUUUGUGCACCCCCUGCCAGUGACAAAAUACCCUGUUAUAUCUUUGAAAGUUUAUUUUCAUUACAAAGGAAUACAAGGUGGUCAAUGUUACCUGAAGGCAUAGAAGCAGAUGAGCAAUUCAAGGAAAUUUGAGGCGCUAUAUACAAUGGUGUUGUGUUGCUGUUCUGUCUUUUAUUAAGUAUAAAAUGAUACCUGGUUCUAUUUUUGUAUUACCAAAUUGAUAGUUCAUUCUUGUCAUGAAGCCUUUGUGCAUUAAAAGAGAUCAGUUGACUCUACUAUGCUACACUGUAGGAACCGUAAAAACUAGGAUAGAUGAACUGAAGUCGUAGGUCUUUAUCGCAUGUCACAUGUACUGUAUAUGCUAACUUAAAUUACGUCACGUGUCAGAAUGAGUCUUGUCAUGACUUGUCAAACUUUUCUCUAUAACAAAAACCUUCCUUUUUUGACUGUAUUUCCAAUAAAGACACACUUCAACCUU